GCGCGCCCGAUCGACGGCGGAGAUCUCCCCCAUCCCUAAGCACCACCGCAACCCUAGACGACGUCUCAGCUUCCCAGCCUCCCGCCGCCGCCGCUUUUCUUCUCCGAAGACCCUCCCCUCCAGAGACCAACGAGCGCAGAGACGCCGGAGCGAACCCUCGCCUGCCACCAUGGUACUCCAGAAUGACAUCGACCUGCUGAACCCGCCGGCGGAGCUGGAGAAGCUCAAGCACAAGAAGAAGCGCCUCGUCCAGUCCCCCAACUCCUUCUUCAUGGAUGUCAAGUGCCAGGGCUGCUUCAGCAUCACUACUGUGUUCAGCCACUCCCAGACGGUGGUGGUCUGCUCGGGCUGCCAGACGGUGCUCUGCCAGCCGACAGGCGGGAAGGCUAGGCUAACCGAGGGGUGCUCCUUCCGCCGCAAGGGCGACUAAAUCUUCAUGACGCAAAAGGCUCAUGGAGCUGCUAGUUUCUUGGAUGUAGUCUGAAAGUUUUGCCAAUGGCUGCUAUGUGAACCCAUGCUCUAUGAAUCUUCUGCUAGAUAAGUUGCAUCGCGACACUGGUAACGUUAUAUUCUACAACUGGGUAAGGAAGGUCAGACUAGCUAUCUGUCCUGGUGAUAUUUGGCGUCGAUGAAUCCUUUGUUAUUUCUGGUGCUGUUGGAUGACCCAAUCUUC